UCUUGUAAAACCUCUCAUAGACCCUAAACUAAAGUGGGCGUCGGCUUUCUCUUCUCUCUGCUGCAGACGACGCAUCUCCUCCUCCACCUCUCGUUCCAUUUCAUCUUCCACAUCGUACUCCAAGGCAACCUCUCCUUGACGUUGGCGCCAACGCAGCAACACAUAAAUGACAGCCACAACAGAGGGUGCAACUGAGUCUAUUGACUCAAUAACUUUCAGUUUCUUAACUGAUGAAGAGGUUCGAAAACAUAGUUUUGUGAAGAUUACAGACCCUAGAUUGCUUGAUCUUGUGGAUAGGCCUGUGCUUGGUGGACUAUAUGAUCCAGCACUGGGGCCACUAAGUGAAGGGACAAUUUGCAAGACUUGUGGCCAACGAUUAACCAAUUGCCCUGGUCAUUGCGGCCAUAUAGAUCUUGUUUCUCCAGUUUACAAUCCCCUGCUCUUCAAUUUUCUUCACAAACUUCUGCAAAGGACCUGUUUUUAUUGCUUCCAUUUUAGAAUUCAUAGGGGCCAGGUUGAUAAAUGCGUUAAACAACUGGAACUCAUAGUAAAAGGUGAUAUUGUUGGGGCUAAAAGAUUAGAUUCAGUCUUACCAAGUGAGACAUUAUAUCCAGAGGAGAGUGAUGGUAGCCAUGAAUCUUGUUCUACGGUUCAUUCAGGAGCACAAUGUCACAAUGGUGAGCAUAUGAAGCAGAAGGAGUGGACAUCACUUCAGUUCAGUGAAGCAACAUCUGUUUUAAAUACUUUUCUGAUGCCAAAAUUUAAGAAGUGUAAGAAUUGUGGGGCAGUAAAUCCAAACAUUACCAAACCUAUGUUUGGGUGGUUUUACACGAGUGGUAUGACAGAUGCUAGUAUUAGAGCAAAUAUAAUAAGAGGACGCCAGCUUGGAGGGCCAUUAGUUGCUGAAGUUGAUGAGAUGACGGAUGUAGAAGAGUCAGCUGAACCUUCGGGAAACCAAGAUACUGAUGUGAAGAGGCAUAAGAAAAAAGGGAGUCAGGAGGCUCGUGAGUUUUAUAAGCAGAGAAGUGCUUUCUCCAAGCAGCUUUUACCAUCCGAGGUUAAAGAUGCAUUAGACCUUUUAUGGGAAAAUGAGGACCGCAUCUGCUCAUUUAUAAGUGAUCUUCAGCAGCAAGGAUUUGGAAAGAAAAAAGCAGGGCCUUCUAUGUUCUUUUUGGAGACCAUUCUAGUGGCUGCUAUAAAAUUCCGGCCACCAACAAAGGGUGGCGAUUCU